UUCCACACGCCUACUGCUAGCUGAAAUUUUUUUUUGACGGCAUGGCGUCUGUCAUAUAAACAAAUAUUUCCUCUUCACAGCUGAUCACCGAAUGCGAAUUAGGUGUUGAUUGACAAGAGAAAAUUCCUGCGAAAUAUCAUUACAGCAGGUUCGCUGUGUGCCGAAACAUCAGACAUGGACAGAAAAGGGAAAGGGGAGGCAGACUCAUCGAAAGAUAGAUCAGACAAGGGUUCAGAAGAUGCCAUGGAUGUGAGGGGUGACACAGCAGGUGGAGGCAGCUCAAGACAGCGUUAUGAUAGUGAGGGUGCAGCCAGCAGUGAUCAGGGAAAGAGACAGAAAACUGCACAAGGGUUUGCCAUCCCGGGCAUAGCUGCAUCACCACCAAAGUUUGUAUCUUUGGAGGAAAUUGUAACAGCAGCCAAUGGUUUUAAGAACAUGGCGCUUGCUCAUGAGAUUGCUGUUGACAAGAAUUUCAAAUUACAGAAAUAUGAACCCCCAGAUAACAGCCUUCACAGACUGGUUAAGGAUGUAGCACAUAAAGCUUUUUGGGAUACACUAGAAGAAAAACUGAAUGAAGUGCCACCAGAUUAUGAACAGGCAAUGGUGUUGCUGGGAGAGAUAAAAGAGGACCUCUUAUCAUUGCUUUUGCCACAGAAUGCAAAAUUAAAAGAAGAGAUAUUAGAGGUACUGGAUGCAGAUCUCAUCAGACAACAAGCUGAAAGAGGGACUCUUGAUUUCCAGCAUUAUGCUCAGUAUGUGAUAUCUAUAAUGGGGAAGAUGUGUGCUCCGGUUAGAGAUGAUGAAGUCAGAAAACUCACCCAGAUUGAAGGAGUUGUGCCAGUGUUUAGAGGAAUUCUGGAAACACUAAAUCUUAUGAAGAUGGACAUGGCAAAUUUCGCUAUCGAUGUGAUUCGACCAGACAUCAUAGCCAAAAGUGUGGAAUAUGAGAAGAUGAAAUUUGCAGAAUUUCUUAAAAUUCAGGCAGAUGGCUUGCAGUACACACGCAAAUGGUUGCUGCAUCAUCUAAUGAACGCUAGAAAUGAUGAUGUAAUAUGCAGUGGAGAAGAUAAGAAUGCAGUCCGUAACCUCACAGCAUCCGUAUUAGGAGAAGCAUAUCUCGAACUACUAGAAUGGAAUGAUUUGAACCUAUAUCCUGAGACUCUUAUGAUGGACCAGGGUCGCUUCACAGACUUGGGGAAAAAGUUUUGUCAUUUGGUUGUCACAGGAUCUGUACUGCUGGUCACAACAAGUACUGCACAACCUCUCCAAGCAGUUGCUGCUUUCAAAAGCAAACUAAAAGAACAUAUAAAUGUGCUGCUGGAAGAUAGUUAUACAAAUAAGGAUUUGGAGAAAAUAAUGCCAAAUGUUGCUGAACAAGUUGUCAAGGAAGUAGCUGAAGGUUUGCAAACGUAUGGAUUCAGACCAUUAGAUGCUGCAACAGAAAAGCUCCUUAAAGGACAAAUUAUGGAGAUUGUCAAGGAUGAUCAUAAGAUCAGACAGCUUGUUCGUACGAGAGUGCGAGAGUUUAUCCAGCAGUCUAUCACGUCACCAGUGGCAGCCCCCCUUCGCAUCCCACCUGGGUUGUCCUCACUUCAAACUGAAUUGACAGCCAUUACAGGGCAGUUUCUCCGUCUCGUUUCCCACAAUCGGGCUGUCUUUGGUGAAUACUACACCAACAUUAUUGCAGAAGGAGUUUCAACAACACCUCCUCUAACUGAGUGAACAGUAAUCGCUGGCUGUCUGGCUUAAUGUAAGAUCCUCCAAUGGGCACAACAGCUGUACAGUGAGAGGGAGGGCUCAGCUCUGCAGGAUAAAACUACAAUGAGAUAAUCCUAUUUUAGGAUGGCUCCCACUGAAAUCCUCAUGUACAGACAAGAAGCCAGUAAUAGGGUAGGAAUCAGUAGUAUCCUAUGAAAGAAUCCUUGUCAUUAGUUUAUGUCCUAGAAUUGGAACUACUUUAAAUACUGUACCUUCCAUAAUAAAAAUCUUACAGUCUAAUGAUAUUUUAGAUAUAAUAUAGACAUUUCUCAUGAGCAUUCAGAUUUGGAGAUGAAUUAUCACUACUACUGAUCAGAAGACUUUCUCUUAGAUUGUGCAAAAUUAUAUCAUUAAAUAUGUUGUAAAGGAACACAUACCAAUUGUGUUAAACAAAAGCUUUACUUAUCUAUUCAUUGCUUGUAAAAAUGAAACAUUACAAGCUUUUGGGCAAAACUGUAAAUAUGAUACCUAAUUUCUAAAAUGGAAACAGACUGUUAUAUGAGAAGAACACAUAUAACAUAACAUAAUGUAACAUAUGAACAUUGUCUGAAAGUUUAUCUUCCCACAUAAUGUUCUGUAGAGAUUCUACUAACAUUGUCAGCAUUUAUUAUGUUAGGCAAGAGAAGUAUUUAUUACUUGGAUCAGUCAGAGGUUUAAUGUUGUUGGCUUGGUGAAAGCAAAUGCAGCAUUCAACUCACAUUUGGUUUACUAGACUAGUCAUUGAUUGAAUUAGGAUACCAAAUUACAAACAGCACAUUUGUGGCGAAGGUUGGUUGGUUUUACAACCAUGCAUGCUUGUCAUCUGAUUGCUGUGAGGUAGUGCAGGGGCCUUUUCUGGCAGAUCGCCUAAAUCCCUGUUAUGACCCAUUUCUUGUUCAGUAUCCAGCUAUUCAGGAGGUAUACUUCACGGUUAUCUAGGUUGUAGGAUACUGAAUCAGGAGGUUUAUAGGAAUUAGGCAGUGAUUGGAUUAAUGAGGUUGUAGUUUGAUACAGCAACUGGUUAUUUGCCUCAGAUGUAUUUUCUUAACUAUGAAUGAGAACUUCCUUAAUGACUUAACGAGUUCCCUUGUCGACAGACACUUUCCAUACGUUGGACACAUUUAGUGAUGAUACACUAAUUCCCCACACCAGUUUCCUCUAAUUGGAUCUCCCAGUGUUUACACAGUUUAUACUUAAUCAUUUUGUGGUCACUGAGCAUCCACUCUUGGGCUAAUACUAUGGCAUAAUGUCUAGAAGCCAGAAUAACGGAACCAGGAGAAAAGGCUGUUGGUAAAAAAUUUCCAAUAAACACGUUCCCGCAGUAACAGGUACAUCACUCGUUGCUAGGUAGUGGCACAGCAAACAGGCUUCCAUGUCAUCAAAUAAUUGGGGAAUUACUAGGUAAUGAAUGAACACCAGUAAUAGAUGAACUAUUGGAAGUGUUAUUUUCUACUCAGUCCACACAGAGGCUGUGUAUUGAGAAACAGUGGAAUGAGUCAGCAGUUGGUGAGUAUGUAUAGUUCGUGAGCUGUAAGUGGGCAGUGACAGUUUAUGGUUGGCUGUGGAGAACCUCCAUGGUUAGGAGCCAUAACCCAGCAGCGCAUAGUGAAGACAGUAAACAAGCAAUGACUAGUGAAAACAUGACAUAUUGAGACUUAGCUUGUGCUGUAGUGAUUUACACUGGGUGAAAAUUAGUGGGAGUGCUGUAAUUAUCUGUAGUUACAGGUUUUAAGUGUUCAGUAAAUCCAUUUACCAAUCCAAACUCUGUGUCCAGUCACUAACACCUGACAGUAUUAUUUGCAAACCAGUACUUAAUUACUAGGGACCAGAUUUUUAUCCCUUAAUAACCCCUUAAAUAUGUAUGCAUUUAUGUAAGAAAAACUUAAAAAAUGUGCACAUAAAAAAUUCAUACCAAGUAUUAAAAUUUAUUUUACACUAUUUUGAGACCAACAAAUCAACAUUUAAGUUAAUUUUAUGUAAUCACUGAUUCACUUGCAGUGAAAAACUGUACUUAAAUACAAAUCAUGCAACAAAGCCAACAUUUUUCAUUACAAGUUAAAAAAACAAUGGUACUCUCAUUUAGCUCUCCAGGCUUUCAGCUUCUCUUCUGUUGCAGUUUGCAGUUACUAAAUGUUCUAGGUUUUCCAUAAUUAGUCUCCUCCUAUUGUUUUGUAAGAUGUCCUUGUAGUGGGGAAAACUUCUUUCCACCACACAGGAACUUAAGGACGCGUGAACCAAAAAAAAGCUGGUAUUUGCUCCACUGUUAGGCUAGGAACACACACAGCGACAUCGGUCGUACAACGUCUGUACGG